AUGGCAACCACCAGCAGCAGCGACGGGAAAGCGGGCGAGCUGCAGCCGGCGGAGGAAGGGCCGGAGGCGGACAGGUCGGUGCCGAGGGCCGGCAGUGGGAGCGGGGACGACUCCCUGGACGGGCUCUCCAACGGCCUCACCCGCUGCCCCCUGACCCCGUCGCUGUCUCCCCGAAAGCGCACCACCAGCCAGUCGAAGACGGAGCCCCCGCUGCUGAGGACCAACAAGCGCACCAUCUACACGGCGGGCCGCCCGCCCUGGUACAACGUCACCGGCACCACCUUCAAAGAGGCCUUUGUCAUAGGGCUGUGCGGAGGAAGCGCCUCGGGGAAAACCACCGUGGCCAACAAGAUCAUCGAGGCUCUGGACGUGCCCUGGGUGGUCCUGCUCUCCAUGGACUCCUUCUACAAGGUGUUGAACAAAGAGGAGCAGGAGCUGGCCGUCAAGAACGAGUACAACUUCGACCACCCCGACGCCUUCGACUUCGAGCUGCUGAUCACCGUCCUCCGGAAGCUGAAGAAGGGAAAAAGCAUCAAAGUGCCCGUUUACGACUUCACCUCUCACUGCCGGCGUAAAGAAUGGAAAACGGUUUAUGGAGCUAACGUGGUCAUCUUUGAGGGCAUCCUGGCCUUUGCCAACAAGGAGCUGCUAAAGCUUCUGGACAUGAAGGUGUUCGUGGAUACGGACUCGGACAUCCGGCUGAUACGGAGGCUGAAGAGGGACAUAUCCCAGCGCGGGCGGGACAUCAGCGGCAUCAUCAAACAGUACAACAAGUUCGUGAAGCCGGCCUUCGAGCAGUACAUCGAGCCCACGGUGCAGGUGGCCGACAUCGUGGUCCCCAGAGGUGGGGAGAACUUUGUGGCUCUGGAUCUGAUAGUUCAGCACGUCCACAGCCAGCUGGAGAAGCGUGAGAUCACUGUGAGGAAGCUCCGCUGGGAUAUGUCGGCUCUGGCCUCGGCCCACCAGGGCCAGCCGCUGCCCAAAACGCUGAGCGUGCUGCAGAGCACGCCGCAGAUCACGGGCGUGUCCAUCCUGCGGGCGGGGGAGACCAUGGAGCAGGCCCUGAUGGCCGUGUGCAAGGACAUCCGGCUGGGGAAGAUCCUCAUCCAGACCAACCACGACACGGGGGAGCCGGAGCUGCACUACCUCCGCCUGCCCAAGGACCUGAGCGAGGACUACGUCAUCCUGAUGGACAGCACCGUGUCCACCGGGGCCGCCGCCCUCAUGGCCGUCCGCGUGCUGCUGGACCACGACGUGGCCGAGGAUAAGAUCUUCCUGCUGUCGCUGCUGAUGGCGGAGAUGGGCGUCCACUCGGUGGCCUACGCCUUCCCUAAGGUCCGCAUCAUCACCACCGCCGUGGACAAGGAGGUCAACGACCAGUUCCACAUCAUACCGGGCAUCGGUAAUUUUGGAGAUCGUUACUUCGGCACCGACGCGCCGUCAGACUGGUGUGAAAGCGACGAAGGGAUGGACUUCUGA